AAUCCCAGUUGGCUCCCGGUUCAGCGCUCCGGCUUCCGACUCCUUCCAGUAGCCCAGCAGUGGCGGAGCCUGGAGGCUGCUGGAAAAACCUGAGCUUUGUGCCCAGCGGCAGCCAAUGAAAGAAGAGAUCAAGAUGAGUGCAGAGCCUGAGAAGAAGUUUGGCGUGGUGGUGGUUGGUGUUGGCAGAGCCGGAUUGGUGCGGAUGAGGGACUUGCGGAAUCCACAUGCUUCCUCAGCAUUCCUGAACCUGAUUGGCUUCGUGUCUAGACGAGAGCUCAAGUGCAUUGAUGAAGUCCAGCAGAUUUCUUUGGAAGAUGCUCUUUCUAGCCAAGAGGUUGAGGUUGCUUAUAUCUGCAGUGAAAGUACCAGCCAUGAAGACUAUAUCAGACAAUUCCUUAAUGCUGGCAAGCAUGUCCUUGUGGAAUAUCCUAUGACGCUGUCUUGGCAAGCAGCUCAGGACCUGUGGGAGCUAGCUGAGCAGAAAGGGAAAGUCUUGCAUGAGGAACAUAUUGAACUUUUGAUGGAAGAGUUUGCAUUCCUGAGAAAAGAAGUUUCCGGGAAAGACCUGCUGAAAGGGUCUCUUCUCUUUACAGCUGGCCCACUGGAAGAAGAACGGUUUGGCUUCCCUGCAUUCAGUGGCAUUUCUCUGACAUGGCUAGUCUCUCUCUUUGGGGAACUUUCUCUCGUGUCUGCCACUUUGGAAGAGCGAAAGGAAGAUCAGUACAUGAAAAUGACUGUGUGCUUGGAGACAGAAAGUAAAUGUCCACUGACAUGGAUUGAAGAGAAAGGGCCUGGUCUAAAACGAAACCGACAUUUAAGCUUCCAUUUCAAAUCUGGGUCCCUGGAGAAUAUGCCAAAUGUAGGAGUCAAUACGAAUAUUUUUCUGAAAGAUCAAAAUAUAUUUGUCCAGAAACUCUUGGGCCAGUUCUCUGAAAUGGAACUGGCUGCUGAAAAGAAACGCAUCCUGCAUUGCUUGUGGCUUGCAGAAGAAAUCCAGAAAUACUGUUGCUGAAAGAAGAAAAGAAAUCAAGAAAGCUCUUCCAAUAUGAAACUAUUGUUUGAUUUUUAUCAAGAAUUAACUUUAUUCUUGCAAUUAAACAUGUCCUGGGUAAGCAGGA